CCAGUCUGCGCUCAACACAAUGUUUGUAGAGUUUUUCCAACUGAAACACCGCAAGAAAGAAAACUUGGGAGCUUGGAAGAAGGUAAAUGUGGAGAAAGCAAUGGGCCCUUUCACCUGCUUAUUAACUGCACUGCUCAUUGUGGGAACCCAGAGCUGCCCAGAGGUCUGUCGGUGUGCAGCAAAGAAGAAAUAUGAGCGACAUGUUGCAGACUGUUCUUAUCAAGAUCUCCAGGUGGUUCCUCAGGACCUCUCCUCCAACACCACCACCCUCACCCUGUCUGUCAACCGCAUUGCCUCCUUGUGGGAAGAUUCCUUUGCCAACACAGCAAAAUUACAAGGUUUAUGGCUGUCCUACAAUGAAAUUGGCAUCAUCGCUGAGGGCACCUUUGCUUUUCUGGUACACCUGCGAGCCCUUGAUCUCAGCCACAAUCAGAUUAUGAAUUUCCCCUGGGGAGACCUAUCCAAUCUCACAUCUCUGCAACAGCUGAAGCUCAGUAAUAACCACCUGGAGAAGGUUCCACCAGAAGCUUUUCAUUCCCUGAAGGAUCUUCGUUCUCUCUGGCUGAGUGACAAUAAGCUGGUUACUCUCUCAGAGGGGACCUUCAGCUCCAUGCCUAAGUUAGCUCAGCUGCAAAUCAACAACAAUCCAUUUCACUGCACCUGUAGAAUUUGGUGGUUGGAUGGAUGGCUACAGAGCACUCUGGUUUCAAUUCCAGAGAAGAAGUUCAUUACAUGUGCUACUCCUGAGAAACUGAAAGGUCUCACUCUUGGGGGAUCCUUGAAGCUGGACUGUGCACUUCCAUUAGUGCAAUUGAUUUACCAUUCCAGCCUGGGUGACAAUGUGUUGAAGGAUGGGCUUACACUUCAAUUGCACUGCAAUGCUGUGGGUAAACCACCACCAGAGAUCAAGUGGAAAAUCCAGACAGCUGAUCAAAAUGUGGCCAUCAGUGGGGCCAACGUUGAAAGAGAAGAGGAUGUGUUACCAGACUCUGCAGGUUCCUCACAGAGCCGAGGGCGCUUUCUGGUCUUCAAAAAUGGAUCCAUGGCUGUCACCAAAUUUAGCAAGGCCGAUGAAGGUCUUUAUACUUGCCAGGCCCUGAAUGAUGUUGGCUCUCGUGAGGCCUCAGUCCAUGUAGCUUUGGCCAGCUCCGAGAAGCCCACCACUUUUCUCAAGAACCAUCUCCAAGCCAGCAAGAAUCCAAACAAAACUUGUGACAUUGAAGAAGUCCUGAAAUCUGAAGAAAAAGUGGUGUUUGUCUACUUGACUCCUGCAGCGCCAAAGACUGUUUGCAAUGGAGGGACUCAAAGUCAGCUGUGUUUUUGGGGCUUAUUUCUGUUCUGCUUGCUUAACUAUUAUAGCUAAGAUAUUUGCAAUCUGGGGUUGUGUAGAAAAUCCAACUUCUGUCUUUCCCUGGCCCCACCCACUUUUUGCAGCAUGGCCCUUGGCAGCUCUCAGUUUAAGCAAAGGUUUCACACCUCUGUUCUAGAUCAAGAACCUUUGCUUGAACUGGGGCAGGUUCCCCAUGUUCUUGUGUACGAAAAACAAUAGUAGCUAAGUUGGCAAUGAGAAAAAAAACAUCCAAAAUCCAGACCGGCCACACUUUGAUUAGGUGAGCUGAGGCUGUCUCAAACUUUCCAAGCUUUUGAGACUGAGAUUCCAGAACUGUUCCUUAGGGGGUAGGAAAAAAAAAGAGGGGGGGGGAAAUGUGACUGAUCUCUUGAGGAUGCUUAUCCUGACUUGGUUGAGAUGCUGGAGAGCUUUCAGAUAUAUAAGCUCAACCUUGUCAGAUACAGAGUAGUGCGAGAUUACAAGAAAGUCUCUUCCAAAACUUGCUGAGAAGAAGCAAACAAGUGAUUGUCUACAGAUUCUCCAGAUUGGGAAAUGGAAAUUCUAGCCACAGUAUUCCAGGUCAAAGGUGUUGUCUUUCUGGAAGAGUCUUUUUCCAUCCCUACUACCUGACUUUUUUUAAACAGGCGAGACCUGGAAAAGAUCUUCUGCAGCAAAGCAAGGGCUGUACAAGGGCCAGACUACAAAUACACCCUUUUCUAUCCAGUUUCGUUCUCUAAAGUCCCAGCAUUCUCAAAACAACCUCCCCAUUAAAUGCACCCUUCCAGCAUUCGACUUGAUGGGCCAAGAAAGAUGCCUCUGAUGUGCAGGAGAAGAUGACAAAAACACACCUUCUCCAAGAGACUAACAAUGAGGUUUCAUUUAUUACUCAUAAUAGUAGAAAUCAGGUUUCUGUAUUCCUUAAUUACUCUACAUUAACUAGGUGUGAAAUUCAUCUGGGCAGCUCCUGCUACUGCAGCUGUUUUAAAUUUUGAGGAGAUGGGAAGGAACCCUCAUGUGCCAAGGUAAGAAUUAGGAGAAGCAUCUCCAUGUCUAGGUAUGAAGAGGGAUUGUUGAAAAUAACUGAACUGUGUAGGGACUUUAUCAAUAUAACUGAUCAGAACUGGAAGGAUUAAAAUGUCUGAAAUAUG